AUGAAAAGAACUCUGGACUGCAGUGAGACUAUGGACGAGAGAAAUGGGAGAAUCUUGAACUUCCUCACCGACUUCAACGAUAGCAUCCAAACUGAAAUGAAUGCAGAGAAGAAACUGAAAAACUGCAGAGAACAUUUGAAAACGGCUAACACUGUAGUUCUUCAAUCAAACAAGCAUCCAGGACAGAAUUUCAUGACGCAACGUAAUGAGGAAAUGGUACCAACCAUUCUAAACCUUGAGGAUGAAGAUGAAGUGGUUCCAUCAUCUUCUGCUUCGGAGUCUACUGAAAUCGACCGAGGAACAUACUUGGACAAGCAGCAAGAUAUGGUGACUUCGAAAUUAAGCUUUCUCGACGAUAUUACUCCACAAGAAGACAACGAAUUCUCUAAACGCGAUGAGUUGAAUAAUGGAAUAAGUGGAGCUGUUGCCAAAGAAAUUCAGAAGGAACCAUGUUUGGAGGUGGAUCCCACGACUUCGACUGGAAUGAUUGACCAGCCAAAACAGGAUCAGAUUCUCGAAGAAAUACAACAACCAAGAACCGAUUCAACGGUCACUGAGCAAAUUACGAGUGCCAUCAAUGAAUUGAACAAGAAAUGUAGUGAGCAGCAAAUGCUAAAAUCGCAGGAUCCAGCAGUCGAAUCGAAUUUACCUUCUAGUUCUUCCAGUGCAGUAUGUGACAAUAGUGAACGCCGUACGUUCAAGAGAAGAGCCGAAGAAUCGUCUAAUGAUGAAUCGAAAUUGAUGGAAGAUAGAAAUGAAGCUACCUUCAGUAGUAGACGUCCCCAGAGGGCUCGCAAAGCGCCUAUUCAAUUCGAAAUAAAAAGCAACAUAAGGGAUUAUAGUAAUAGAGAUCACAGCCGGAAACGAAAUGUAAAGAAAGUUUCUGAGUCCACACCUACCCCCCUACCCCAAGAGCCUGAGAGCAUCUCUGCACCGGUAGUUCCAACUACGGAAAAUUCAUCAGAAGUUUCACCUCCUGACACCUCGACGGGAAGUCACCAGGACGGAAAAGCCGAAAGUUCUGAACCCCCAGUCGCCUUGAAUUCGGAGUUGUACAAGAAUGCGACGCCUCAAGUGAAACCAACUCCGAAUAAGAGAAGGGAUCGGAAGAGGAAGAGCAAGAAAGAAACAGUUGGAAAUGGAGAAACAACUAUGAAACGAAAUGUACCAUCUUUGCCGCAGUCUUACAACGCUGGAACAGUCCCGCUAGAUACGGAACUUCCAGCACCAAUGAGCCAGCCUUUACCGUCAUCAACUAUUCCGCAUUACCCAGAAUGGCAGAGAUACCAAUAUAAUCAACCUGCGAACGGGAUGAGCACUUCUACGAUUCAACAGUACCCACACAAUUGGGAUCAAAACUACUACAGUCAAUCCCCACAGCAACCGAGCACAUCAAAUCAACUAGGAACAAUAGACAAAUUGCUCCAAAGUGAGUCGUGGUCACAGCUUCUGGAGGAAGAGUUCAAAAAAGGAUAUAUCUCCAAAAUCGAAAAGUUCUUGAACGAAGAAGUGAAAAAGGGAAAGCAAGUGUUUCCACCUCAAUCCCAGAUCUUCACAACAUUCAAUGUUUUGCCAUUCGAGGAAAUCAGUGUCGUUGUCAUUGGACAAGACCCAUACCACGACGAUAAUCAAGCACACGGUCUUUCUUUUAGUGUACAGAAAGGUGUGAAACCUCCACCAUCUUUGAAGAAUAUUUUCAAAGAGCUCGAGUCGGACAUCGACGGAUUCAAGAGGCCUGAUCAUGGAAACUUGCUUGGUUGGACUCGGCAAGGCGUUUUUAUGCUCAAUGCAACACUUACGGUUCGUGCCCAUGAAGCGAAUUCACAUGCGAAAAUUGGAUGGCAGACUUUCACUGAUACCGUCAUCCGGAUGAUAUCGAAGAAAUCAGAGAAACCAAUUGUGUUUUUGUUGUGGGGAGGAUUUGCACACAAAAAGGAGGAGCUGAUUGACACUAAGAAGCAUGUAGUUAUCAAGACAGCUCAUCCGUCACCACUCAGUGCUCGUUUUUGGUGGGGCUGCAAAUGCUUUUCGAAAUGCAACACGGAGCUGGAGAAUUCAGGAAGAAACCCAAUUAAUUGGUCUGAUUUAUAA